AUGGUACUCUGCGGUGGUGGCACUGGUUCGCUGUUGUCACUUGGGACCAAGGCAACUGUUCCCUGGUCGUUCAUUGUGACUCGCUCUCAGAGCCAAGGCGACAAUUCCUUGCCCAGCACAAGUACCUCAUCUAAAAAGAAAAAAGGCAAGAAAGCUGGCCCUCCCGGCCCCAAUGGGCCCCAGGGAGCACCAGGCCCUCCUGGACCUCCAGGCCCUCCAGGAAUCCCAGGAAUCCCUGGCAUCCCAGGCACCACAGUGAUGGGACCUCCUGGACCACCUGGACCACCUGGCCCGCAGGGACCCCCUGGGAUGCAGGGCCCAUCCGGUGCUGUGGAUAAAGCAGGACCUAGAGAUGCACAGCCAGCUGUAGUUCAUCUCCAAGGACAAGGUUCAGCCAUCCAAGUAAAGAAUGGUGGAGUGCUGAAUGACUGGUCUCGCAUCACCAUGAACCCCAGAGUGUUUAAGCUGCAUGCCCGCAGUGGAGAGCUGGAGGUACUGGUGGAUGGCACCUACUUCGUCUAUAGUCAGGUAUAUUACAUAAACUUCACAGAUUUUGCAAGCUAUGAGGUGGUGGUGGAUGAGAAGCCCUUCCUGCAGUGCACUCGAAGCAUUGAGACGGGGAAGACUAACUUCAAUACCUGCUACACAGCUGGGGUCUGCCUCCUCAGAGCCAGGCAGAAGAUUGCAGUGAAAAUGGUCCAUGCAGACAUCUCCAUCAACAUGAGCAAGCACACAACCUUCUUUGGAGCCAUACGGCUAGGAGAUGCACCCGCGUCCUAAAGGAAGGAGGAGACUCCCGGUACUGCACAGUGCUGCUGUUCCAAAGAAUCCCAGCCACAGAGAGAAAUGGUGGCAGAGCUAUUUAUUCCUUAAUGCAAAUGCAGGAAGAGCAAGGUUUGCAUUGACAAAGGCAGACAGGAGAGCAUUGGGAAGGAGAAGGCAAGCCUCUUUGGCCUUCCUCCAGUAUUUCAGAUACUGCAGCACUGACACCUGUUUUGUGGCUGCCACACAAAGUGAUUGUUUCCUGCUUGGAUGCUACACUGUCAAGAGCAUCUGUGGCAGGAGGCAGGUGUCUGUGUGGGUACUUGUGCACACCAAGGAAAGCCAGAAACUUGGUAGGUUUGUAUUUCUCCACUAAGCUGAACAAGCUCUGUUGCAGGGCUGUGUGAUCCCAAUGGAGAAUCUGAUCUUUUUUUUUAACAGUCAUUUUCUGGGCAGUAACUGUAAGCAGACACAGUAAGCAGGCAGCAGGCAUAAUGAAUGUCAUAAGAGCAACAAUAGAACACAGCUCAGUGCCCACAAAGUGAAUAUUAGGAGGCAAUGCGAAUGGGAGGCUCUAGAGCCUCCGUCAUUUUGCAGCUCCUGCCCUAGAUGCUGAGGGAUCCCUUGGGGGCCCUUCCAUGGGCAGGUCUUCCUUGUAGCCAUUGGUUUUCCAUUUAAAAGCUGAUUUCAUCAGAGUGAGCUAAAGUCGAGGCAGCAGCUGUGUUCCACCCAGUUAAAUGUUCUUCUGGGAACCAGCAGUGCCAUCCGAAGACCACUUUCCUGGAAGUAAGCCCCACUGAAUAAACUUGAGGAGGAUUCUAAGUAGAGCUGCUUAGGAGCAAUCUCUAAAAAAGGCUUCAGCAGAAACUGUAAAUGUUUUGUCUCAAGGCUCUGUGGUACCUUUUCCUGCCUUCAGGAGCCCUGGGACCUUUUUUGAGGGUAGUAUUCUAAAUGCUUUAGACUUAGAUGAUGCAGAUUGACUCUUCAUGCUGUUUGAAUAGCCCACAACCGUCACUUCUUUUCAGCUGGUGAACUGAAUCACACAUACGUGACCUUUAUUUGCAUGUGCUGAUCUGUGGAAAUAUAGAAGUGUUGCUCGAGUGAAAAGGCAAUGGGCGCUCCCCAGAUCGUGAAAGAUCUGAAGAGCAAGUCCUGAGUGAAAAUCAUGUUGGGGUUUAGACAUUAAUCUCCUUUUCCACUUUGCACCACUGCUAAGACCACAUUUCAGCCAAGCUAAAGAAACAAAUGUCUACAGGAGAUUUGAAAAAAGCCUGCCACCCACGAAUGAUCCGUGGGGUUCAUGGAGCACACCCAAGAGCCUUUCUCACAGGGUGAGACCUGUGUCCUCGGGGACCAGUGAGCAUCCUCGUGGGAGGCACUCAGGUGGGACCGCUGGUGAGUAGUAAAGCUCAUCUUGCUGACGGGGCAGUGGUUUUAAAAUGAAGCCAUGGCGGGGCAGGCUGUGUGCCUUCGGGCAUUUUGAGCUGAACAAACUGAGGUAGUUGGCAAGAGUUGUUUUUCUCAUCUGUGAGUCACGCAGGCAGGAACAUCACAUGCUUAGGCCUGUCCCAGGGAACGUCUGUCUUGAGGAACAUUUUCUCCUCUCCUAGACAGCUGCUCCAGCAAUUUGGUCCAGAACCAGCUGGCUCUUCCAGCCAUCCCGACAUCUACGUGUACAUGUUUGUGGUGCAAAGAUGGAAAUGUGGGUAUUUGACCUGCAAUGGGCCUGCCCUCUGUUGAACAAUCGGAGACGCUACAGGAACAGAAGGCGAGGGAAUGCAGCUGUCCAUGUGGGCAGUCACCACAGCUUACUUGUCGACUAUGAAAUCAACAGGUCAGAAAAGAAGCCAGAAUCAGAUACCUCGGCUGAGAUGUUUUCUAGCAUAGUAAGCGGAUAAAAUGCAGAAAUGUAAGCGGAUAAAAUAUCGAGGACUUUGUAACCAUUUGUGUGUCUGUCAUGUUUAAAAGGUGUUGAUGGCAAAAUGGCCAAUUCCAUAUCCUUCUAGAAGAUUCUUCAAUGACUAUACAAGUUUACUAAAGUUGCAAGUUGCACUGACAUUUGCAGACUGAAUUUCACCCCAGCUUUCUGGGAGAAGCACAAGGGUGUUUACUACACUGGCUAUAUGUUCUGCCUGCCUACGGGUGCCUCAUUUGUUUGCAGGCCUGAAUACUUCCACAAGCUUUUCAACAUUGCUUCCUGCUUUUGACAGCUCUGGCAGUUAAUUUCACACAGUGUUUGAAGCAAGCUCCUGAGUGACAGGCUUCAGGCAAAGGACAAGCAGCCUGCCUUAUUGUGGCGCGAGAAAGAUAAUGGUACACAGAUGCUGUCUGCUGGCCAGCCUCCUGAGUCACAGCAUGACCUGUAUAUAAAGUAUACAUAUUGUAUAUAAGUGGAGAUGUAAGUUUACAUAA